AUGGUUCGAGUAUAUAAGAGAAAAACAAAUAGGCAAUCAUGGUCUGCAGAGGCAACGAACAAUGCUGUUGAGGCGGUUAUUACUGGCCAAUCGGGGUAUUUGAAGGCUUCAAACCAAUUUCAUGUUCCCCAGUCCACACUGGAAAGAUAUGUUAAAAAAAGAAAAGAAAAUUCUGACUACAAGAUUGAUAAAACGGCUGGAAAAUUUAAAAACAUAUUUACGGAAGAGCAGGAACUUGAGAUCGUUAAUUACUUAAAAAGUAUGGAGGCUAGGUUAUUUGGUCUAACAGUUAAAGAGUUGCGUCACUUAGCUUAUCAACUGGCCGUCAGAAAUGGCAUUGGUAAUAAAUUUCCAAAUGGAAUGGCAGGCCAAGAUUAUGUUAGUGGAUUCUUUAACAGACAUCCUACUUUAUCUGUUCGCAAACCUGAAGAAACAUCUGGUGCAAGAGCAAUGGGCUUUAAUAAAGUAGCUGUGGAUAAGUUUUUUUCGUUGCUAACGAAUUUAAUCGACAAGCACAAACUAACGGCUUCUAAAAUAUUUAAUUGCGAUGAAACGGGUGUUUCAGUGAACCCUAAAAACCAUUCAAAAAUUAUAGCUUCCAAAGGGAAACGGCAAGUCGGGUCGUUAACAUCCUCAGAAAGGGGCGAAACUGUAACCUNUACUCAAGAACCCUUUGGAUUUCCCUGUCGCUGCUUUGAAUAA